AUGUCUCUCGCUGGUCUGAGGAAGCAAAUCAACAAAGCUAAUCAGUUUAUGAGUGAGAAGAUUGGAGGAGCAGAGGGUACAAAACUAGAUGAUGAAUAUAUUGAAAUUGAAAAAAAAGUUGAUACAAUUUCUAAAUUAUUUGAAGAUGUCAUAGCACAAACACAAGAGUAUCUACAACCAAAUCCAGCCUAUCGUGCCAAAUUAAUGACAAUGAAUACAUUAAAUAAGUUACAAGGGAAAUCAAAGUGUGCAGCUUAUCCUCAACCUGAAAAUCAAUUAGGUGAAUGUAUGGUAAAAUUUGGUCGCGAUUUAGGUCCUGAUUCGUGUUAUGGUCAAUGUCUUGUAGAAGCUGGUGAAACAUUUAAAUGUUUAGCAAAUAUUAAAUACACUAUGGAAGAACAUGUCAAAGAGAAUUUUCUAGAUCCUCUACAUAGUGUACAAACACAUGAAUUAAAAGAGAUCAAUUAUCAUCGUAAAAAACUCGAAGGACGAAGAUUAGAUUUUGAUUGUAAAAAACGAAAACAGGAUCGAAGUGCAAACAAUUCAAGAUUGCCUGAAGAUGAACUUAAGAUUGCUGAAGAAAAAUUCAAUGAAUCAAAAGUAUUAGCUGAACAAGCAAUGAUUAAUUUUUUGAAUAGUGAAACUGAUCAUAUGCAGUCAUUAUUAGAAUUUGCAACAUCACAAGCGGAUUAUCAUCGUCAAGCUGCAGAGAUUAUGGAACAAUUGAGGAAAUUUUUAAUUGAAAAGAAAGAAGAAACAAUGUCAAAACCACAUAAAGUAUACGAAGUAAAACGUGUAAAUGUCACAUUAAAUCAUGAUAUAUCAGGGAGCAAAAGUCCAUUAAAUAGUACUUUAAAUACUCCAACUAAAAACGGUCCAAGUCCUCAUACAACAAAGAAUGUACCUAUUUUAGGACCAUCUUGUAAAGCAUUAUUUGAUUUUGAAGCAGAAAAUGAAUCGGAAUUAUCAUUCUCUGAAGGUGAUAUAAUUAGUUUAAUAUUACGUGUUGAUGAAAAUUGGUUUGAAGGUGAAUUAAAUGGUCGUAAAGGUUAUUUUCCAGUGAAUUAUGUUGAAGUGAUUAAUCCGUUACCAUCAUAG